UUUCACUCUUCACAGUACUUCUCUCUCUUCUGAUCUGAUUACAGAUUUUAGAAUUAGAUUCACUUGCGUUCAGAUUUUGAAGAUUCCGUUGUUUCGCUUUCUACCCUAACCUUAGUUCUUUUGUAUUUUUCUGCGCCCACUCCUUCUUCUUCUUCUUCUUCUUCUUCUUCUUCUUCUUCUUCUUCUUCUUCUUCUUCUUCUUCUUCUUAAUCCCGUAACAAUUUUUCUAUUUGAGGUUUACUGUGUUGUUUAAGAGUUCGAAGAAAACGACAUUAUCUUUUUUUUUCUUAUAAAAAAAAAGAAGCUGUGAACCUAAGGGAGCUGAAAAUGGGUGUUAGUGCUGCCCAGGUGGGUUCAUACUUUGUUGGACAGUAUUAUCAGGUUCUUCCACAACAUCCCAAUCUGAUUCAUCAGUUCUACUCGGAUAACAGCACAAUGAUCCGUGUUGAUGGAGUUUCCACCGAAACCGCUUCGAAUGUGCUGCAAAUCCAUGAACUUGUUUUAUCAUUGAAUUUUGGUACAAUAGAGAUCAAGACUAUCAAUUCUCUUGAUUCUUUGGACGGAGGUGUGCUUGUAAUGGUCUCAGGGUUUGUCAAGAUUAGGGAUGUCAAGAAAAGGCGAAAGUUUGUCCAAACAUUCUUUCUUGCUCCCCAGGAGAAGGGUUACUUCGUGCUUAAUGACAUUUUUCAUUUCAUUGAUGACGGAAUAUCAGUAUCAUACUCAAAUCCAGUAUCUGUAGCAUCCGAAAAGAUAGACGCAAAGCCACUUACUUCUCUUGGAGAGCCUCCUGCUUCUGACCAUGGUCCGGUGGAAGAAGCUACUGAAUAUAUCAAUUCACUUCAUGUAGAAGAUGACCUGGUUGACAAGUAUAGCCUUCCAGAGCAGCCGCAGCAGCUACAUCAAGAUCUUGAAACAGAAAUUGUGGUUGAGGAAACUCCUGCAGAGAAGGCAUCCCCUACAAUCCCGAGUUUUGCUCAUACCACCCGCAAAUCCCCUAUAGCUUUUGGGGAGGAACCUUUGGAGGAGUCUACCAAGAAGACUUAUGCAUCCAUUUUACAAGUCGCAAAAGGUCGAUCUGUGUCAUCUGCUGCUCUACAGCAGUCUUUCAAAAGUACCCCAACUCCUUCAGAGUCAAAUCAUGUAGCACAGCCUGUUCAACAGUCAAACUCUGCAUUUACAUACAUUCCUGAUUCACGGUUUGAGUUAGCAGAAGAAUUCUAUGGGGCAGAGGAAGAAGGUGAAGUAACAUCUGUCUAUGUGAGGAACUUGCCUGCUACAGUUACUGAAGCUGAGAUUGAGCAUGAAUUUAAGAGUUUUGGCAGGAUUAAGCCUAAUGGUAUAUUCGUUAGGGUCAAGAAGGAAAUUGGAGUUUGUUAUGCUUUUGUGGAAUUUGAAGACAUUGUCGGGGUUCAGAAUUCGCUUCAGGCUUCUCCUAUACAAUUGGCUGGAAGGCAAGUAUACAUCGAGGAGCGGAGACCAAACAAUGGCAUUACAGCUCGGGGUGGAAGAAGGGGAAGGGGCAGAAGCAGUUAUCCAACCGAUGCUUUGAGGGGGCGUUUUGGUGGUAGGGGCUUGGGUAGGGGAAGUAAUCACGAUGGUGCUGACUACCACAGAAUAAGAGGCAACGGUUUUCCUCAGCGUGGAUCGCAAUAGGAAAAAAGGAACCCUGUAUCAAAGCUCAGAUGAAGAUUUCAUUUCGGAGCUUACACAUUUUCUGAAGUUAGAUCUUGAUUUUGCAUAUUUAAUACUGAACAUUUUUACUGUUGUUGCCUGACAAAGUAAUUUUAUGUAAUAUGUUUCAGGUGUUUUUAUUUGCUAGGUGAAGCCGUGAAUUGAAUUGAAUUAGCUUCUUUUGCUUGUGUAGAGUUAGUGUUAUUUUAUUCCCUUGAAUGCUUUUGGUUGUGUCAUUCAAGUGGGAAAAUUUUUGACAUUAAGGUAGUUUCAUGUCAGGGAUUGUGAAUUGUGAAGUGCUUUCAAUGAUAGAGUAGGUUGUGUUAAAAAGGGAGGAAAAAGAAGUAUA